AUGAUGGAUUACUCAAAGGGGCAAAUGUCAAGCUUUUCCGAAGAGGGCAGUUCAUCUGGGUGUCCACAGUCUGGUAAUGCUGUGAAGCUGGAGGCGAUGAUGGAGCAUCUGCAGAGACAACAAGGAGCCAAACUGGAGAUGAACCUGCAAGAGAAACAUCUCCUUCACGCCCAGCUCCUGUUUGCUCAGCACGCUGCAGCAGCAAGAGCCUCUGGCUCCAGAUUAGACUCUGGCUCCAGAUUAGACUCUGCAUUAUUUGGCAAAGCAGAUGGACAGACUUAUCAAGCAGCUCCACAAGCUUUGAACAGCCAUCUCAGCAGACUAGAUCCAGAUGAGGACGAUGAAGACUCGGAUGAGGAGGAACAGGAAAUGGUGGAGCCUGGAGAGAACGAUGAGGCGGGUGAAGAUGAUGGUGAUGAUGAUGAGGAGGAGGUGGGGGACGUGCCUCAUCAGCAGGCGAAGAAGCCUCAAAUCCAGCAGGUUGCAGGCUUCCCCUUCGCUCCUUAUUCCACACCUCAGUCGUCUGCUGUGAAGCAAAGGUCCGAAUCUCCACCUUCAGCAAUAAAACAGGAGAAUGAGGAGAAGGAGUUGACUUCUCCUGCAGGCCAACACUCCUUCACAUCACCCAAUGGCUUCGCUGACUGGAGCUAUGAAGACUCAUUUAAACAAAGAGGAAGUGCCAUCUGGGCUGAGGAGAAUGACGGAGGAAAAGCAAGAGGAGAGCCAUCCAGGGACUUUGCCAAGCUUUAUGAACUGGAUCAUGACCCACAACGGAAGGAGUUUCUUGAUGAACUCUUUAUCUUCAUGCAGAAACGAGGAACUCCUGUGAACCGCAUCCCCAUCAUGGCAAAGCAGGUGCUGGACCUGUACAGGCUUUAUAAGCUUGUAACGGAGAAGGGAGGCCUGGUGGAGGUUAUCAAUAAGAAGAUCUGGAGGGAGAUCACCAAAGGUCUCAACCUUCCCACAUCCAUCACCAGCGCAGCCUUCACCCUCCGCACACAGUAUAUGAAGUAUCUGUACGGAUUUGAGUGUGAGAAGAAGGGCCUGAGUUCUCCGGGUGAGCUGCAGGCCGCCAUCGACAGUAAUCGCAGAGAAGGUCGACGUCCUAGCUACACCAACAGCUUGUACCGCUACUCUCCCUCCCCGAGCUCCGCUUCACACGCCCUCCUCUCUUCACCCAUAAUGACGACUGCACACAACGGCCUCAAUACAUCCGCUAGCCCAAAUCUAAAGAGAAACGCAGAUGAGAUGUCAACUCCUGUGUUACCCAGCCGGCUGCCCAUGGCUCCGGCACUGGGGCAGCAGCAGCAGCAGCAGCUGGCACAAGCUGCCACGUUGGAGCAUUUCAGAGAGCGGCUGGAGCGAGGAGCUGCAGGAGCUGCAGGAGCUGCAGCAGCUGCAGCCGACGGUCCUGAGAAGAAAAUGAUGAUGAUGGCGGAGGAGCAGCAGCGCCUCAUGCAGCAGGCUUUCCAACAAAACCUCCUGGCCUUUGCGUCUCACUUUAACCCCAUGAACCUCAAACAUAACAACGGACAUGAGAGCAAACAGGAUUUGUCUCUGAGUAUCUCCACUAACGGAGCAGCCAGUAUCAGUGUGUCUGUGGAGGUCAAUGGCACCGUUUACUCGGGAAUGCUGUUUGCCCAGAAGGCAGCUGGUUCUGUGGCGUCACAGGUCGUAACUCCAGCAGGAACAAAUGGUUUCAGUGCCCUGUCCUCGGCACACAGCCCCUCCUCUUCAUCUUCCACCUCCUCAAAGGGACCACAUUAAGCCUCGCUGGUCUUUAAACCGGUCCUCAGCUAAAUAAUUAAUAGUUAAAACAAAAUGCAUACUAGGCAAGAACUGUGUGAACUCUAACUAUACUGCUUUCUGCUAGUAUACCUACUAGUUGACCUCCUGUUUAUUCACUCAGGCAGUGCAGUCUUUUUGGAAAUCUAGCUUUGUUUUUCCAUUAUUUUGACAGCGUAAUGUGCUUUAAAUGAUGUUUAACCUCAAAGGCUUUCAAACUGACCAUAGUAUAGAUUCAGAUUAUAGUUAACCUUUGUGCCUGUAAGAAGCGUUUCUUUUUUUUUAAAUGUAGUAGCAUUCAUGUCUAUAAGGCUUUACUAGGUUUAUUCAGAAGUGUCUUUAGAGCCUCUUUGGAUGUUGACUGCAUUUAUAGCUAAUUCUCAAACAGUUCUGUAGCUGCCUUUUCCCAUCGUAGAACAGUGUGGUUGCCAAAGUGCAGCUAAUGAAGACCAAAAAGCCUUAGCUCAAUGUCAUAGCUUCUAUCUGCAACUAUUAUGCUGAAGCCAUUUUGUAGUAAACAUUUGGUUUAACCCGAUUGAAAGCGCAUAGUUUACACUUUUCAUAGCUUUUUUCAGGGAUUAUGUACACCAUCGAUUUCCUAAAGAAUUAGAGAAAUUUGGUCCAGGUUGGUUGGAUUUUUGUUAUGUUUUGUAUUGUGUUUCAUUUAACUUUUUUAUUUAAUCAUUUGGCUCGGCCUCAUUUAUUUCAUGUCGGCUUUGAAUCAAAGGCAAAACAUUAGAGACAUAGUUUUGCUUAGAAUUAUAUGUAGGAUGGAAGUGAUUCAACAUUUACCUCAAUUGACUUCCCGUGUUGGUAAGUUUCUCAGGAACGUCCUCCGGACUCAUCACUGUUAAACUGUUUCUCAUAAUAUAUUGCUGUGUUGUUUUUGCAUAAACUCAGAGAAUGUAUCGCUAAUGACCUCAAGCUUAUUGACACUGAAACAGUGCUACCUCACUCUUCUAGAGAAAUAAUAUGCAAUACUUAAUGCAGCAUGUGUUGAUUUAGCCAUCUGCUGGAAUAUACUGUAUGUGGACAAUCAAGUAGACAUAUCAAUCAUGCAAACAAAUGUCACUGUGAACUUCAGAAAAUCAAGGUUAUGUUAAACUCUGUUUUGGACUGAUUUAUGUAUUUCUUGGACACGUGGCCAUGAGGAAUAAAAUAAAUCUUGUGUGCUGUAGAAA